CAGUGCAUGCUGGUCACUUCGUCAUUGCAUACUUCCGAAAGCAUUUAAAACGCUCCGUCUUGUCUUAUAAAUCGUUAUAAAAAUUUAAAUAAAAUGCAUUUCAUAAAUGUCGUAGUGAGGCGAUAACAGGAGUUUAUGAAGAGCCGUUCUUCUUCUUUCGCUGUGUUUUAAUAAGAUAUAGCUUAGCAAGAGAGCUAAAGGUUUAGCUUACUGUUUUUUUUAUUUGUAAUGAAGUUUAUUAAGUAGUUUUGUUCGAACUUGAUUCUUUUUUGUCAUAUGUCUGUUUACAGAUACAUCGGGAAAACCUUGAGGAGUUUACAUUUACGUUGGACUUACCUUUUUUUUUUUUUUUUCUGAAGUCACUUGGACCCUCAUACAGACUGUCAGGGUAGAUCUGGAGGUCGCACCUCUGGGUUUACUAACUGAUAUGUCGUAGAAAAGGCGCUUGCAACAGGGCUUUGACCUUGCUCGGGUGAAAUGGAGGCAUGUGUGAGGUUUUUAUGUCGUGAGGGUCCACGGAUAAUCUCACUGAAAUGUUUAACUCGAGGAAUCUUGAAGGGGUCAGGAUCACCUCUGAGGCGUCCUCUCUGUUCUCAUCACUCAGCAGCUGUGUGGACAUGCAGACAUCACAGGGGACAUGUCCUGUCAGAGACAACACGACUAACAAACACACUCAGACAAAGCACCUUCCUGUGUCGCGGCAGUGUUACAGACUCUUCACAUACAGCUCUGUCCAGUGUGGCCCCUGUCUUUAUAGUGAUGAAAUUUGACCCUGAGGGGAAUGUCACUUCGUUUGAGAAAAAGAAAACAGAGCUCUAUCAAGAACUUGGGUUGCAGGCAAGAGACCUGAGAUUCCAACACCUCACCAGCAUCACAUCUCGAAAUAAUGCAAUCAUCAUUCGCAUGGAGUCCCUAAAAGCAGUUGUCACUCGAGAAUCCCUGCUGGUGUUGGAUUUUCGUGGGUUUGGUCUGGAGAAGUGGUUGGUUUUGGAGCUGGGCCCACAGUUAGCAGGAGAUGGUGCUCUGGCCACCUAUUCUCUUCCCUUCGAGUUUAGAGCCUUGGAGGCCAUUCUUCAGCACAGGAUAAACAUCAUCCAGGCAAGGCUAAAUGAGGUUCAACCACAAAUAUUAGACUGUCUUGAGUCAUUAGUGGACCCCAAGCUUCUUUCUGCAGAUCGCAGUAAGCUACACAUGCUUCUCCUCAACAGUAAGAGUCUCUCUGAAUUGGAGACUGACAUUAAAGUAUUUAAGGAUAGCCUGCUGAAGAUUCUGGAUGAAGAUGAGCUGAUCGAGGAGCUGUGUCUUACCAAAUGGACUGACCCCCGUGUGUUUGAGGAGAGCAGUUUGGGAUUGGAUCAUGUUCACGAGAUGGAGUUACUCCUAGAGAACUAUUUCAUGCAGGCUGAGGAGCUGGGAAAUAAAACUCGAGAACUGAAGGGGCUCAUUGAUGAUUCAGAGAGUGUCAUCUUCAUCAACUUGGACAGUCAUCGAAAUGUGAUGAUGCGCUUGAACCUCCAGCUCACCAUGGGAACCUUCUCCCUUUCCUUAUUUGGUCUGAUGGGAGUGGCCUUUGGCAUGAAUUUGAUGUCUUCAUUUGAAGAGGAUCCACGUGCAUUCUGGUUAGUGACAGGAAUCAUGUUCCUAGGCAGUGGACUCAUCUGGAGGCGACUGCUUUCUUUCCUGGGACGACACUUAGAACCCAGCUCUCCCCCUCCAAUCCCACCUGUUUGGAGGAAAAGCCAAUUCAGCACCUUAAAAGGCACAGAUCUAAAACCUGGAGUUAGAUGAUGGUGUGGCUCUUCCUGUUGUGUGCAGUAAAUCUAUUCUAAACUGACAUGUUGUGCUUUUAAUUGCAGGGGUUUAUUUCACCUUAAAAAGCAUAAGGUCACCAAAUUGCUAUAUUUUUUUUCAUUAUAAAUGGCUCUAAGUGUCUGUUACAACAGUUGUUCCUAAUCCUGGUCCCCUGAUUGAACUAACCUAACUAUUAACUUUUUUUAUGAAUUAAAGUUGGUGUGGUAGAGCAGGGAAAAUACGAGCUGUAGCCAAAAGUUUUGAAAGUGAUACAAAUAUUAAUUUUUACAAAGUCUGCUGGUUCAGUGUUUUUAGAUCUUUUUGUCAGAUGUUACUAUGGUAUACUGAAUUAUAAUUACAAGCAUUUUGUAAGUUUGAAAGACUUUUUUUUUAAAUAAGUAUAAGGCAAUUACAUUAAGUUUAAGCAAAAAGUCAAUAUUUGCAGUGUUGACCCUUAUUAUUCACCCUGAGAUGCUGUCAAUCAACUUCUGGGCCACAUCUUGUCUAAUGGCAUCUCAUUCUUUCAUAAUCAAUGGUUGGAGUGUGUCAGAAUUUGUGGGUUUUGGUUGUCAACCUGCACCUUAAGGAUUGACUACCUUAAGGAUCUCAAUGGGAUUAAAUCUCAGUGGGCAAGAAUGGCCUACCAUCAGUCAGGAUGGCCCAGAAGUUGAUUGACAGCCUGGCAGGGCGAAUUGCAGAGGUCUUGAAAAAGUAAACUUUGCAUAAAAGCUUUUGACACUUAUGAAAUGCUUGUAUUAUACUUUAGGAUACCUCGUUAGCAUCUGACAAAAAGAUUAGGAAAAAAAGCAUUUUAAAGCAGCAGACAUUAAGAAAAUUUAUAUUUGUGUCAUUGUGUCACAAACCACAAAACAUUUGGCUACGGCUGUAAUAUGGAGGAAAUUGGGUCUCCAGGACUAGGGUCAGAAACAUGCAUUACCACACACAAAGUACCUUGAGUUUAAUUGUCAGUAAGUCACAGACUUAUGUUAUGAUGUGAGCAUACUUUGCCUACAUCUUAUUGGUUUUAAGCCCUGUUCAUUUUAAUUAGUUUAGCCCUUGAAUAUCUAUGUAACUGGUUCUAUGUGCUUUAAAUAAUAGAGCACCCAUGUUGAUGGGUAUAUAACUUGAAAUAAAGAAUUUCAAUAUAA